GACAAGGAUGAUGAUACUUCAUUUAUGGCUUUUUUAGAGGAAGUUAAAAAGAACUACCAAAACAGUGAUCCUCAGUUAUAUACCACACUAAAUAAGUUUGCGAAGCAUUAUAAUGUGGCAAAAUCAAAGUCUAUUUCUCGAUUAUCAUCAUUUCUUUAUGAUAUUAAUUGUAAUAUAGACCCUAUGGCUCGUGUUAAAAGUGGAGUUCCAAUACGGGUUCAGGUAGAAUCUGUUAAAAGGCGUAAAGCCAAUAGGCAUGACACCAAAAGAAAAUUGCAUGGAAAAGAAAAUAAAGAUUUUCAGACUAUGCCAGCCCGAAAAAAGAGAAAAGCGAAUAAAAAAGAUCAUAACCUAA